AUGUCAUACCUUCCUAUUUCAUUUCUUAUUGUUCUGUGUAGCUUAAAUACCCGUGGUCCGAGGGCGAUUCUUUCCUCAGACUCUUACCCUCUGGACCACAGUCCUAUCGUUAUAGAGCUUCUUUUUGGCACUCUCUCUGUGCCAGUCGCUCCAUUAUCACUGCACUCAACAACUCUCUCUGUGCCAGUCGCUCCAUUGUCACUGUGUUCAAUAACCCCUGCCUCCUCACCCACAAUGGGAUGCACACAGGUACCCUGUUUGUCGACUUCCAUGACAAUGGGGCACGUUCAGCAAGACGGGGUGCUCUGA